CACUGCCUCCUGCUCCACCGCCAUGGCCCGGCCGCUGGUGCCCAGCUCGCAGAAGGCGCUGCUCCUGGAGCUCAAGGGACUGCAGGAGGAGCCGGUCGAGGGCUUCCGGGUGACCCUGGUGGACGAGGGCGACCUAUACAACUGGGAGGUGGCCAUCUUCGGGCCCCCCAACACCUACUACGAGGGCGGCUACUUCAAGGCCCGCCUCAAGUUUCCUAUUGAUUACCCCUACUCCCCUCCAGCUUUCCGCUUCCUCACAAAAAUGUGGCACCCGAACAUCUAUGAGACUGGGGAUGUUUGUAUCUCAAUCCUUCACCCUCCAGUAGAUGAUCCCCAGAGUGGAGAGCUUCCCUCUGAGCGAUGGAACCCCACCCAGAAUGUCAGGACCAUCCUCCUGAGCGUGAUCUCCCUCUUAAAUGAGCCCAAUACCUUCUCACCAGCCAACGUGGAUGCUUCUGUGAUGUACAGGAAAUGGAAAGACAGCAAAGGGAAGGACCGGGAAUAUACAGACAUCAUCCG